CUCGCCAGCCGCGGUGCCGCAGAGCGCGCUCGCGUGGGAGCGGCAUCGCCUGACCGGGUUUCGCCGCGGCUCCUUCGCAGGUCGCUGCCGCGCGCCGCAUCAUGGCGGGGCCGCUCAGGUGCCUCCGGCAGCUGCCUCUCCUGCUGCGCCGCCCUUUCUUGGGGGUCGCAGGGCCCUCCUCGCGAGCCCCUCUGGAGCUUGCGGGCCCCCGGGCAAGCUGGGCCGGGCAGAUGGUGCAGGCCCGGCACCUGGCUACCAAGAAAGCCAAAGCUAAAGGGAAAGCCCAGCUGCGGGUGAACAUCAACCCCUCUUUGGUGGAGGACAUCAUCGACCUGGAGGAGGUGAGCGAGGAGAUGCACUCUGUGGUGAAAGCCCUGCAGGAAGAAUUCAGCAAAAAUGUAAGCAUCAGAACCUCGCCAGGGGCUCUCGAUCAUUUAACGGUCCAGACCAAGGAUGGGAAGUUUCCUCUGAACCAGCUCGCACAGGUCUCGGUGAGGUCCUCACAGCUCAUCGUGGUGAACAUGAGCAGCUUCCCAGAAAGCACAGCUGCAGCUAUCAAGGCGAUCCGAGAGAGCGGGCUGAACCUAAACCCGGAAGCAGAUGGCUCGAUCAUCCGCGUGCCCAUUCCCAAGCAGCUUGCCAUGAGAUCCAAGCCUGUGGCAUUUAAAACCACGACAGCAAUUAUCCACCAAAAUGCAGCCGUGCCAAAAGGCGCACCGAACACGAGCCUGAGCUGUUUGACAGAAGGCUUCAGCUGCCCAUCGCAUGCCGUCGAAAGCCUGAGACCUGAAGACAUCUGCCUGCGAGCAGCACAGGAUCGUGGGGUCUGGGCGCCCUGGCAGAAAGACACGCUGCAGCUCCGCCGGGGGAGGCGGGCAGGCCGGCGGCCCCUGGAUUGCGAGGACAGGCGCCGCUUCUGCGAGGCCAGCCUCGCUCGGCGAAACCCUGCGCGGCCUGAGGAAGCGGGGCUGGCACACCGCUAUGCGCUCCGUGUUCCCCAGCCGAGAGGCCCCCCCACCUGCGCGCCCGGCUUCCUUCUCUUCCCCCUGCCUUCUCUCGCCUCCGCUCUCCCGCAUCCCUCCUUCUGAAGGAGCUGCGAUUUGGCACUGCUAAUUGCUGAGCCUUUCGGGCGGCUGCGCAGCGGCCUGAUUGUUCGCGGGCUCUUGGGUCACCUCCUGAAUGGCGGGCGGCGGGAGGAGGAAGACGGGUGGGCUGGAGAGGGGCUCACGGUGCGCCGCUCCCUCCCUUCGAGCUUUCUUUUGUGGCAGGGUGUGGGUGAUGAGCUCCGUCGCGGGGGCUCCCCGCGAGAGGCUUGCGCACGGCCUCGCUGCAUCCAGCUGGUGGCGCGCCUCGCAGGGUGGCCUGGAAUCCCUCCCGGGCCUCGUGGCCAUCGAGGCCCAGGGACAGCCGCCCCCUGCCAGGUGCUCGUCGUUCGGAGUCGCAGUCCAACAGGUCUGGAGGGCAAGGGGCUGCAGAAGGCGCUGGAGAGCAGCCCUUGGCCCUGCCGGUGGGGCUUUGCAGGCCCUCUUGCCCCCCUCCAUCCCGAGGUCUUCCCUCAGGGGGUCAGGAUGCUUGCGAUGCCGCUUCCACCCAUGGGGGCUUUUGACCUCUGUUUGUGCUCUGCCUCUUGCUGCCUUCGAGGGCAAGUGACACCGAUCGCUCCCCCUUUUCCCCUU